AUGCCUGGUUCACUUGCAUCUCAAAUCCAUGUUUUUGAAAAAGCAUUGGUGGCAAUCAUAGCGUUGUUUCUGCUGAUGUCAAGUAGUUCAUUAUCCUUUUUGAAUGGAGACGGUAAAUCUGUUUCAUCCGGGGCGCAUUUUUCUAAUCUGUUGAUCGAAAGUAAGAACAACCCCAAGGAAGAUGCUAGAAUCAAUAAUGAUAUUGGUAAAUCUAAAGGAUCCGAAGAAGAUAUGAAAUUAAAAGAUGAUAGUGAUAAACCUGCUAAAGGAAGUGGUGAUUCAGGUUCCGGCUCAAAUAAUAAUGGUCAAAGGGUUUUUGAUGCUAAAGCUGCUUUAUUGGAGAUUAGAGCUUUAAAACCUAUGGUUAUAUUUUCCAAAUCUUAUUGUCCAUAUUCCAUGAAGUUGAAGAAGUUAAUUGCCGAAAACUAUCAAAUAACUCCAGAACCGAUGAUUGUUGAAUUAGAUAAACACCAAUUUGGUGCUGAAUUACAAGAGUAUUUGGGAGAAAUAAGUGGUAGAAAAACAGUACCAAACGUGGUUAUUGGGAAGUCAGUGGAAUCUAAAGGUGGAUGUGACGAUUUCCUUGAAUUACAUAACAAGGGGAAAUUACUAGAUAAGUUAAAGAUUUGGGGUGAUAACAAUCUUGAUGUUAAAAAGAUCGGUCCACCAUCAAAUGCUUAG